AUGUCGCUGUGGGCGCGCGCACAACAAUUGCCUGCAGAGAGCUUGCAGAAGGUGAGAGCUAUAUACGGUGAUCACUUCCCCAUCGAGGUCCGUCACUGUCUCGCAACCUGGAUAGAGAGCAGAAUAUGGACUCCUGAACCAGAGGAGCAGCAGCGCUUCUUCGUGGAGGAGCUGGUGCAAGAGAUUCAUACCAACGCAGAGCUGAUGGUCUCCCCGGAGCUGUUUGUCACCAAAAUGAAACUGCUCGAGGCCGCCAAACUGUUCCGCUUGCAUUACAGCCACAAUCCCCACGAGUUGUACACCUACAUGAGGCGCUGCUUGGCCCUGGAGAUGGAGGUGAUCCAGAACGCGAUGGGACCCUACGUGGCCCAGCCGCAGACCGAGAGGAAGUACAGUGAGCUCAUCACCGGACUCCAGACAGUUCGGCAGAAGGUGAACAUGGCCAGCGAGGAGAUAAGAAGCCUGCAGGCGAACAUCGAGUCCUUCUCGCUGCAGUACCACGAGUGCUUGAAGAAUAAAGGUCAUAUAAACUACUUACAACAAUCGGGACCCAUGACCAACGACCGCAGGGAACUGGAGGCUUGUCUCCGGGUGCAGAUAGAGGAGAUGGAGAGGAAACUGAACGCUCUGGUCGCUCAGAUCAACCAGUCGCAGAUGGAACUGGUCGAUCACAUGAAGGACAACAUCGCGAACUUGAGGCAACUCCAGAGCCAGGUUUUGGACGAAGAACUCAUCAAAUGGAAACGCGAGCAGCAGUUGAGCGGCAACGGCGUCCCGAUGCAGUCCAACUUGAACACCAUCCAGGAGUGGUGCGAGCUUUUGGCCGACCUGAUCUGGAGCACUCGCCAGCAGGUCAGCAACGUGGCGCGGAUCAACAGCAAGACCAUCCUCGAGCUGCGGCAGCCGCACCUCGUCGAGAUGCUGGACGAGAUGAGCAAGCAGGUGACAAGUCUUCUGUCAACUUUGGUGACAUCGACGUUCGUGAUUGAGAAGCAGCCGCCACAAGUGAUGAAGACGAACACGAGGUUCACAGCGACCGUGCGACUUCUAGUUGGAGGUCAGCUUAACGUGCAUAUGACGCCACCCAGGGUCACUGUGGUGAUAAUAUCGGAGCAGCAGGCCCAGCUGCUGCUGAAGAGCGAGACGCAGAGCGGACGCGGCAAGCAGCCUCAGGAGUGUGGGGACAUUCUCAACAACAGCGGCUGCAUGGAGUACCAGCCCACUGGCAGGCAGCUCAGCGUCAGCUUCCGUAAUAUGCAGCUGCGCAAGAUCAAACGUGCCGAGAAGAAAGGCACCGAGAGCGUGAUGGAUGAGAAGUUGACUCUGUUGUUCCAGUCUGAGUUCAACGUGGGAGGCGGAGAGCUUGUGUUCCAAGUAUGGACACUGUCGUUGCCUGUGGUCGUCAUCGUACAUGGCAACCAGGAGCCUCAUGGCUGGGCCACCGUCACCUGGGACAAUGCCUUCAGUCCCCCGGGAAGAAUCCCAUUUGCCGUUCCCGACAAGGUGACGUGGGUUCAGCUAGCGGAGACGCUUCGCAUCAAGUUCUGCUCGGCAACCGGCGGUGACCUCUCAGAAGACAACCUCAGGUUUCUGGCUGAGAAGAUAUUUAGAACGAGCCUUCCGCUGAACACGAUGGAGCUCAACAGUACCACAGUCAGUUGGACCCAGUUCUGCAAGGAUGCGCUGCCCGAGAGGAACUUCACCUUCUGGGAGUGGUUCUACAUGGUGGUUAAGGUCACCAGAGACUAUCUGAGGACGCUGUGGUGCGACCGUUUAAUAAUGGGCUUCAUACAGAAGAAACUGGCUGAGGAAAUGCUUUCAAAGUGUCCACCGGGGACUUUCCUGUUGCGAUUCUCUGACUCUGAACUUGGUGGUAUUACCAUUGCUUGGGUCGGUGAAGGUAACGAGGUCUUCAGUCUGCAGCCGUUCACCUCUCGCGACCUCAUCCUGCGCUCGCUCGCGGACCGCAUCCUGGACUUGACCCAGCUGCAGUUCCUGUACCCCAACAUCGCGAAGGACGAGGUCUUCUCCAAGUAUUACACCAAACCAGAGAACGAAAUGCUGAAGAAUGGUUACGUGAAACCCGUGUUGGUGACCACACUGCCGCCAUACAUGUCGUCGUCACCCUCGUAUGCCCACUCGCCCGAUUCCCACAGGAACACACCAUCCGUACACACCAGGUACAUGAUUGAUUUUUGAAUGCCCGCAAGACUAUAAUUAUAUAAGUUUGAUUAUAUUUUAUUGAAUGGACUCAAAAAUUUACAUUUUCAGUGCUUCCUUUUUUAUUAUUAGUAUUAUUUUUCCAAAAUAUUAUUAAGACUGCGUUUUUAUGUUGUGGCUAAAAUUUGGCGUCAAAGCGUAAAUGAACUUUCAUGCCGUAAGUUAUGCGAAUUUUUGGGGUUUUCAAUGGGUAAUGGGCAGGGCGUAUCAGUUACCAUCAGCGGAACGUCCUGCUCGUCUCGUACGUUAUUGUCAUAAAAAGUGAGCUCCCUUGGUAAAGGAAAUCGUAAAAAUACUUAAACUGAGAUAAUACUACACAAAUUCAAUUUGUAAACAACAUUUAUUGACGAUGUGGGACUCGAAACCGCGACCUCUCGCGUUCCGUACUAUCGCUUCCAUUGAGCCGUUCUCAGGUUGUCAGGCUUCAUCUACAGAGUAAAACUGUUUGGCUCAGUGGAGGCGGUAGCACGGAACGCGAGAGGUCGCGGGUUCGAGUCCCGCAUCGUUUAUUAAUUUAAUAUGUGUAAUUAAUCCCAGAGGUUCACCUUAAAAUAAUAAAAAUUGUAAAGAUAAUAACACUGCUUAUGAUUUAGCUGCAACAUAGAAAUUGCCCUAUUGGCUAUGUUUUAUGUAACUUUACGAACAAAUGAUUUGCAAUAUUUUCAUAAUUUUAAGUUUUUUUAAUUUUUAUUUUAGCAUGUAAGUCUCGUGAUCUAAGUUAAAUUAAGUUUGACAUCAUAAUUAAAUUUUAUUGAAAUGAUCUCUCGGCCAACUUAAAUGUGACGAAUGUGUAUUGACUUCUAGGCUUUAAAAUUAUUUUCGAACUACCUGCAUAUUAAUUAUAAUGAAACGUCUAAGCCAACCGUCCUGUAACUUGAACAGUUGGCUCAGUUGGUAAGAGCGGUGGGACUUAACUCAUGAGUAUAAUAGUAUAUAUAUAUGUAUAUACCAUAAAAUUUUCGUUUAAAUUCUCUGGAAUCGCUAAAACCAUGCCAUGUUUAAGACAUAUUGUAAUCUUAAUCAUAUAUAUAUAUAUCUAAAAAUGACUAAUGUUGAUAAAAUUAAUUACUAUAAUAAAAUAUUCCAAUAUGGACGAGAUACUUAAAGUAAAGUAAAACAUGUUACGGCAUGCUGGAAUCUUUAACUUGGAACCGCACGGGGUCAAUGACCGCGACUGACGUUUUCGAACGACUUUGAGACUUAACUGAAACAUGGAACAUUCCAUUUUUAAACAUUUUAUAUGGAUACGACUUCGAUGAAGGAUUGGUCUCAGCUGCGCUCCAACAAGAUACCGCAGGCAGAGUGCGGCAACUAAUGCUACGCCCAAGUGGGCGUACUCAAGCCAGUCUCGAACAAUGUGUGACGUUGACGUGCCAUGUUAAUUAUAAUAUUAAUAUUAUAUAAAUAAUAAUUGAAAUUAAAAUGCCGGGCUGCGUAGUAAAACUUUGUAAAAAGACACUGGACUUAUCAUCAGUAAAUAUGUUGUAUUUUAUUAAUUUAAAAUGUAAAAUACCACGAAGCGUAUGUUGAAAAAUUCGAAAGAUGCCAUUGAGUGUCAAGAUGCCACGCACACAAGCGUCUAAUAGUUGCCGUAAUAAAAAAGCUAUUGUUGUUAGGUAGUGCGGUAUAUAGUUGGAGCGCAGCGGAGACCAAUCCUUAACCUAAUAAAGAUUCACCAUUUAGAAGUCGCUUGGGUAGUGAAUGGUAUUAUAAAUUACUUCUUCUCUAUAUACUUCUAGCCUGUACGGUAUAAAAUUACGAAAUAUCGUAAACUUAACAAAAAUAAUUUAUGCAGGUACAAUUUUAUCCGCACCAAUAGUAAGUAAUUAACAAUAAAUUUAAAUCUCUUUUAAGUAAUCUGUGUAUCAAAGUUAAUUAUUACUUAUUAUUAUUUUAUACUUUUAUAUAUUAAUUAUGUGUCAUCAGCUAUUUAUUAACUAUAAAAUCUUCUAUACAAUUUUAUCAAAGAGCCUUAACUUUUUGGAUGCGGUAUCCUUCAAUUCUUUUAUACAUAUAUAAUAUCUUCUUUUUUUAGCUGCGGAACGACUUUAAUGCAUCUGUAACUCGGAAUAAUACGUAUAAAAAAUAUUAUUACCAUUCUACUAUAAGUUUGGUAGAUUUUGGUAGUUUUUCUAACAUGUCAAUGUUAAAUAGUAGAUAGGUAUAAAUGGAAUUCUACAUGGAAAUUAUGUGUGGUAUUUAUUGGAAACUGUUUAAUGUAUCCAUGCUUUGAACGAGGAUUUUUCAUAGCCACUCGCUUGCCCGUGUAACAAAAAAAAAUAACGCCUUACUCUUUUUUUCACUAUUGCAAUAACGUAUAGAUGUUAAUUUAUUAUUAGGGAAACUUUAUAAGAGUGAGUUUUAAUAAGGCGCGCGCACACCGAUACCUAAAUUCGACACCCUGAAGUUAGCUGGCCAACUAGACCAUUUGUAUCAUACUUCAGAUACUAAGCCUCUUGUAACUCAUAUGUCUCCUGAACCAUAACUAAUGGUGGAGAGUUAAAUGAAUUACAGAAUCUAUAAGUUGUAAAAUAAAAGCUUUUCUUUCUAUUUGUAUAAAAAAAAGGAUUGUGUGGUUUUAUGAAACCAUGUUAAAAGUGAACCUGUUUUUCACAUUUAACUAAAAAAAAAAUUGGAAUAAUAUUCCGCAUGUAAUAAUAUUUGGUAUAAAAAUCGCAAAAAAAAUGUGUACUUGGAAAAAUUUGAAUUAUAAUGGGAAAUAAUAAAAUUAAACAAAAUAGCGUGGAGUCUAUACACUACACGGUGAGCUGCUGCGAACUAUAGGCGCCGCCCGACAUUUCGAUCCAAUUGUAUGAGAAACUCUUGACACAUUGACACUUGACACUAAUAGUACAUCAAUCUGUCCACGUGGCGCCUAGUUCGUUUUGGUCUUUGAUUUUUUUGGUUUUUGUUACAUUCGCACUGCAGAGUGAGACCAUGGGAUUCCAUGUUUGCGUAAGUCUAAUACCAUGCUCCCUAUUAAAAUUCAUAGGACGCUUCAAUAAAAACUAUUUGUAUCUAUUAUUUCGGGGUAUAUUGAAAUUAAACGUAAAUUGGUUUGAUUAUGUAUCGGAUAAUUCGAGCGUGCCGUACAACAUUUUUGAUGAACGAAUAUCAGAUAAAUAUCACUGGAAUUGAAACUAAGCACAAAAAAGUGUGUGUGUACUUAUGUAUGCACCCAAAAAGUUAUACUUCUUUGGCCUAACAAAGCAAUAAUUCUUAAAAUUAUUUAGUCCUCGUGCUAUUCCACGUUUGUAGAAAGAACAAUAUUGUAAAAAUCUUGCAACGAUGGCUUUGACAAUUAAUUAUUAAAUAACGAAUGUGGCUUUACGGGCUUGAACCCUUUGCCUGUCCUGAUAAUGGCCGGAGAAACCAAAAAAAAAUUACGAAUGUUGCAAACGUCAGAAAAUUUUAGGAACCAAUUUCACCCUGUGUUACUUUUGCGUUACAGAGAUGCGCGCGCAUCUUAAAAUUUCACUCUCAUCAUUUUUUCAUAACGCGCCUAAAAAAGUAUAACUUCAAAAAGUAUGAAUUAUCCUCGUUCAAAGACUUUCCCUUAGUGUUCUAAUUGUUCUUGGUGUUAUUAGAACUACGAAACUGGUAUUAUACAGAUCAGUAUUAAUGUUUUUAUAUUGAAUAUUAUUCUAAAUGUUUUCGAUUAAUGUGAUCUACAUAAAAAAUUCCGCGGUCCCUUUGAAUUUAAUGAAUAUUUAAUAGUAAUACUAAUAAAUCAACAUAUAUUAUGUUCGCUGGGAGUUGAUAAAUAUUAUGACACUCCUGUCGCUUUAUUAUCGCCACCCGUAUGUCAGGCGUCGUUUAUCGCCCAGCGUUGAGCUUUAUGGUACAGGGGCACGUAGCUGUUGUAAAGCGCAUCAAUCAAGGCAAGAUUUAAAAUUGAUCGCAGUUAUAUGAGCCCGUAAUUUAAACUUAAGUUUUAACAUUUGACGAUUAGAGUUUAUUAUGAAAUACAUAAUUUUCUAUCGUAUUUUUAUAUAUGUUUUACCUUAGAAUCAUUUUAUCUCAUAUAAUGUUUAUAAAAAAAUUAUAAAUAUUUAACUUAUGAGAAGUAUUGAAAGUAGUCUCAAAUGUGGAGUUUUAAUUAAAAAACACACCACGCUAUUCGUGUUACGUAAACAUCUCAAUCGGAAGAAAAAAUGUACUGUCGGACACAUAAACUGCAAGCCACACCACACAAUAAAUAUUAAAAAUAAAUAAAGUUUCAUUUACUUUUCAACCUUUUAAAGAAAUAGCUACUUUAGAUACCCGAUAAUUUAAUUUACUAUUCAUAUUCAUAUUUAUUUAUUUGCUAUUAAAUAGGGUGGUACAAAUUUGGACUUACAAUAGCUUAAAGUAUCACCUAUUUAGCCAUUACCAAUAGCAUGCAAACUUGGUCGUGGGCAAAAAUUUUAUUACAAUACAAAUUAAUUUAUUUUAUAUUUAUACAAAAGUCAAGAUAAGAAUAAUCUACUUAGAAUGCAAUGUCAAAAUCCUUUACUCUAUGUGGUCUAAUAAUACUACUACUUUGAUUACUAGCAGUUGCUAUAAAUGCAUUGUAUUAACAGAUAUUUUAACAUGCAUAACUAUGCAAUAGUAAAAUCUGAACGUCUCACGUAUAUGCGUAACUCGCGCGCUGUACACCUAUACCAAUACCCACGUAAACACCAGAACGUCUACCAUCAACUUUUAACUAGCGAUUCAAUUCCGAUGCAGUUCAGUUUCCUAAACUGAAUCGCUAAGAUUCGUACAAUGAAGUGCCUAUAUAUUUGAAUCGCUUAUGGAAGAACGGAAGCACCUCCAUUGAUGUGUGAUUUGACAGGAGCACAGAGUACAUUUUUUUUAAAUUCGUUCUUGCGAGCAGGCAAUUAGCCAGAGGCCUUAUUACCUCGUCUUUAGUAUUUCCAUUUUCGUUAUUUGUUUUUUCAAAAAAGUCCAAUAUAGUAUUCUCAUCUCAUCUUUCAUCAAGUUCAAUUUCCUUUUCCGUAUGUAUUCACUAUUUUUUAAAAGUUAUUAACAUUUUUAAAUAAAAUCACCUUACAUUUGGCGCGUGCAAAAAAAAACUUAUCAAACAUUCGGCUGAUUUAAGAUUACUGCAACCCACAGCAUCGUGUAUAAUGAACAACUUAGCUCACUUGUAUCAUAAUAUAAUAUUAACGAUUCCAUGAUCAUUCAGUUGGUGCAUCAAACUUUAUCACUGUGGUGCAGUUUAUGUGCACGUCGGUAUAUCGUUUAGAGACUGGGGGCCUACUCCUAAAAUCGAUAUUCGAUAUAUCGUGUCGAAUCCUAAUCUUAGUUACAUCGUAUUCAAUGUCGAAACGAUGAUUGAACGAACGAAACAUUAUUCGACAUUAUCGGUCCUAACCCUACUCGUAGUUGAAAAUGUCAGUAAUUACAUAUUGAACAGGACUUUUUUUAAACUACCAAGUAAUUUAAGUCGUUUUAUUGAUCGUUCAUCCGUGGAAAGUAAUGCAAAUGGCCGCCUGACAAAUAGGAAAUCGACGAGAAGGGUUAAGUUACUUUUUAUUUUACUCGCAAGUUUUGUAUUAUUUAUUCAAUUUCAAAUGGUCAUAUUAUAUUCUAUUAUAUAAUUUUUGAAUAUGUACAUUUUUUAUAAAUGAUGUAAAUUGGUGGGUCACAGUCUGAUCCGUUUGAAUUAUGUUUUGACUUUUGACACUUAACAGCGACAUAGCACAGAUAAUAUUUAGUUUUUCAAUGUUUGCACUUAAUUCAUUCACACUAACAUCGUAAAAAAAAUUCAAAAUAUGAGUCUAUGGUUACGAUAAUCGAUAAGUAAUUCGAACAUUUGUUAGAGUAGGGUUGAGGUAUAUUCGGAGUAUUAUCGUAUCGUUCCGAAUGUAUCGUUGUCGAUUUUGUGAGUAGACCUCCUGCUUUCACAUAAAGUCGCGGUAUUCGUAUGUAGCAUUUAUAUCGUCAUUAUAAUUGUCAAUUUCACACCAUAUCAGUCAUUUAUAGUCUGCUUAAGAUAUAUCGUUUAUAGGGAGUUAUUUUUAAUUCUAUAUCAAUUUAUUCGAACUGACCAAUUAAUUGAUUUUGAAUGAAUAUAUUAUUAUGUAUACGAUUUUUUAUGGAAAUGUUAGAAUCGUUUUAUUAGGAGUUAAAGCCUUGAGAAGGCUUUUAAAAACUAAUCAUUUAAGACUAAAAUUAUACACGUUACAUUAGUUUAAUGAAUUCGAAUUUUCAUUGAUUUUUACACGAAUAAUAAUGCGAUAUUAAAACACCCUGUAGACGUAAUGAGGGUCAUUGACCGAGACUAGCGUAAAUGGUUGCUAGUUACGUUAGAUGUAUGGUAUAUUAGUUUUGCAGAGCAUAACUCCGUCCUCCUGUGUAUUGAUUGAUAGAUUAAUUAAUUUUUAGACGGAGCUAAAUAUAAAAAAAAAAUAAUUAAUAAUAAUUAUUGUAUAAUGACAGCGUUUCCACGUCGCAUAUCUUGGCUGUUGGCGCCUGUAUUGUCAAAAUUACUGACAUCUAACAUCUAAUAUAUAAAAUUCUCGUGUCACGGUGUUAAACUAAUGAUCUCCUACGAAACGGCUUGACCGAUUCUCAUAAAAUUUUGAGUGCAUAUUGGGUAGGUCUGAGAAUCGGACAACAUCUAUUUUUCAUCCCCCUAAAUGUUAAAGGUGGUCCACACGAUUUUUUUUUAAUUUUUCUUGACAUUUUUUUUUAAUUUGUUUGAUUAUGAGUCAGUAUUAAAAAUACAUACAACUUCAAAUUUUCACCCAUCUGCGAUCAACAGGGACUUUUGUAUCGCGAUUUUAAUAUCGGCAAUACAAUGUUUGCUGGGUCAGCUAGUAAUAUAUAGUAAUCAAUCAAACCAAAUAAUUACUCAACCCUCUUAAUGUUUAUUCUGGUCGACACCAAUAUACUACAUGGCCACAUUAUGUCCGAACCUCGCUGGAACAUGAAGCCCCCUCCCUUUCCCCUUAACCACUCGCGCUCGUCCUGUUGCGUCAGUACGCUUUGCAGUUUCAUUACCGUUUGGUAUGUUGCGUGAUAUUUUCGUGCUGUCACUGCAUUGUUUUUGAAGUUUUCAUUCUUACGUUUGGUACUCGAUUUUAUAUAUUACUAGCUGGCCCAGCAAACGUUGUAUUGCCGAUAUUAAAAAAUCGCGAUACAAAAGUAACUGUUGGUCGUAGAUGGGUGUAAAUUUGAAGUUGUAUGUACUUUUUAAUGCUGACUCAUAAUCAUACAAAUUUAAUAAAAAAUGACAAAAAUUAAAAAAAAAAACUGGCGUGGACCACCCUUAACAUUUAGAGGGAUGAAAAAUAGAUGUUGUCCGAUUCUCAGACCUACCCAAUAUGCAUUCAAAAUUUCAUGAGCAUCGGUCAAGCCGUUUCGAAGGAGUUUAACUACAAACACCGCGACAUGAGAAUUUUAUAUAUUAGAUGUACUGACAUUUAAAGGAUUAAAAAAUAAGUUGUUGUCACACUACUCGAAUUAUCACAUGUAUUAAUGUUAUUGCUUGUCAAUUAUUGCUAUUUUUUUUUUGUAUUUUGUAACGAGUGAGCUCUUUCUUCACACUCGGGAUCGUUAAAGAAAUAAAACAAGUAUUCAGUAUUUAUAUUUUAUUUUAUUCAUUUGAUUUAUAUAUUUUACUAGCUGACCCGACAGACGUUGUUCUGUACAUAAUAAAUAAAAUAAUAAUACUGUUCUUUUAUGAAUUUGUCAAUAAUAUUUCAUAGCAUCAAGAAUUAUUUCGUAAAAUAUGCUCGCUGUUGUUAUAAUGAAAUUGUUUCGCAGCAGAACUGUCAAACCGUGCGUCAAUAAAUUCUCUCAUAGAAAAUAUGUCCGUUCAAAACAAAUAUUGGAAUUGAAAAUAAUUAUGGGUCUCAAUUCGAAAUAAAAGCUAUCCUAUCUCUCAAUUUGGACUAAACUGCACUCCAUGAAGUAAUCCCCAUUAAAAUCCGUUCAUUAGUUUAGGAGUCCAUCGCGGACAUACAACGUGUCACGUAAUUUAUAUAUAUUAAGAUUUAUCUUAUAGCAUUUUGUAUUAUAUUUAAGUAUAAGGCCAAAGAAUCUACCACUCGUUUGUUUUCCGUUCGCGUGAUUUUAGUUUAAAUUUUUUUUUUUUUUUUCCCAACUUUACGUUCAACCGUAUUACAGCGAGUUCUUAUAUGCGAAUAAGAACUCAUUUUUACAGUACAUAUUCAAAUUCAAAAUCACUUUAUUCAUGUAGUUAGUAGUAGCACUGAAAUGAAUGUCCUAAAAAAAAUUUUUUUCUUAUUGAAUCUACCGCUACUUCGUACACGGUUGAGCUAAUGAGAAGAAGUAGCAAGAGACUCAUUGCCACUCUUUUAAAUCAAGAUUUAAAAAAAUCAAAACAGCGCGUACACCUUCCUUAAAGGCCGGCAACGCUCCUGUGAUUCCUCUGGUGUUGCAAGAGAUUGUGGGCGGCGGUGAUCACUUAACAACAGGUGACCCGUACGCUCGCUUGUCCUCCUAUUCCAUAAAAAAAAAGAUUUUGUUAAUAUAUAGUUUGUGUGUAUCAAACUAAAUAUCGUUUGCCGCCAAGAUAUUAAUGAAGCCAAACAAAUAGAGAACACGUUUGAAAUAUUUUUUUCCGCUCCCAUAUUAAUUAUUGAAGCACUUUCGGCCCGGUUGUCUUAACACUUAUUUAUAAUACAGCUUAGUGUCAAACAUUAGCGGCCUUACAAAUAAACUUAGUAUAAAGUUAUAAAUAACAUAUACAAAGAAUAUGCAAAAUGUUUACAAUAUCGUUGACAACACUGUCAAUACAAUGAUAAUUCUAAAGUUUUACGAAUGACAAGCAGACUUGCAAAUAAACGCGGGAAACGUUAUACGUCCGAAUAAAACAAUCAUAAGCGAAAUGUCUAUUUGUAAACAUUUUGCAUUUUCUUGGUUUAUGCUAUUUAUAACUUUAUGCCAAUUUUAUUUGUAAUGCCGUAGAAGUUUAAAUUAUUAGCUCCGUCUAUAAAUAAGUUAAUCUACAAUUACUUUAAAUUUCUAAAUUAAGUAUUACUACUCCCUCUAAGUUACUGAUUGUCAUGACAAAUAACAUAAGAUAAAAUAGUAAAUGUUUAAAACAUACACAACUGUGACCAGAUCUAUGUACAGUAUGGAUGUUAGCGCAUUUAACGCUAUAAUUCUAUCGACAUAAUAUUAUAUUCUGACAAAGUACUUCAAGUCUUACAUAAACGUCAGUGUCAAAAAUAUGUCAACGUCAAAUGUCACAUCAAACCACUGACAAGUAAAUGACAAAAUAUAGCACUGGACUGGCGGCUGACAAACUGCUUUUGUGCCUGUUUGAUAUUCGCCAUUUUGGCAAUGUAGUCUGCGGUACUACAACUAGUGAUGACGACCUCAGCUAAACAAACAUCGAUAGAUGUUGGGAAAGUAUUUACAAUAAAAAAAUAUGUCUACUUUAUUACGUUGAUACCUGAAGUAUAAAUAACACGGAGAACGAACGUAAUUAAUAAUUUCUUCGAAAAUGUCAUUGAAGUAAUAGAAAUGAUUGAAUAUACAGCGUUGAUAAAAAACUAAUAUAGUUUGUACAUGAAUUAUGGAGGGUAGAGGUAAGAAGAGUCAUCUGUGUAUAUGAAAAAUUAGCCGAAAACCUUUUUUCGGCCAAUUUUUAUUAAAUUAGGGUGGCGUUACAGUCGUAUAAGGGUAGACCUUAAAAGAAGCGACAAAUAUAAAAUAAUACUUAUCACUCUAAGUGCACGUUUCCCUAUAAUAAUUCUAUAAUGUUAUAUCAACUACAUUAUUUUGUAAUUUUGUAGUUGUUGAAAUUUUCAAUAAUUAACUACUUUACGGCCGUUCGCAAUAUACUAUCUACAGAUAGAGAGCGGUCCCAAUAUAUCCGAUAAUUCAUUGCUAUCGCCUUAAAUUGGGACGCGUGAAUUGCAAUUUCCAUACAAACUUCUAUCGGUGGAAAGCUAUAUACGUUGUCCUAUUGACAGACAGCGUGUACGGAUAAGGUGAGUUACCGUCGAUAAGUAUAUUGGGAGACAAAAGUCAACGAUAGUUACGAUUUUUAUCUCAAGUAAGACAUAGAUUGAAUAUUGGGAACGGCCUUUAGCCGACAAUACUAAUAUUAAAUUCUUUAACUGAGCAAACUUCAAUUCGUAUACAAUUGCUACAUUCACCAUACUGUGGAAGCAUUUUGAACUGUUAUCUACUAUAUAAGCUGGACACUUUUUCAACUUUUUCUCCCAUAUGAGAUGAUUCUCCUUGCCUCCAUAACAUGAAUCAAUGAAAUAUGAUCUUUUUUUAUCACAAACUUUACAAAGAUCUGGUCAAAACGGGAGAUACUUUUUCUAUCACUUAUUGAAGGUAGUUAUAAAUUUUACUUUUAGUGUUAUCAAUCUUUUAUACAUUAUUGACAUGUUAUAAGUGUAACGGUAAUUUUUUAUAAUAAUUAUUGAGAUUUAUUAUACGCGAGGUAUCUUAUGAUAUGUAUUUGUAAUGUUGUUUAUUAUUAUUAUUGUAUUUUGGAUAGACGCACCUGGUAAUUAUAUCCUGACUGGCGAAACUCUCUAUAAAAAGCGAUGUAUGAAACGCGCAGUCAUUGAUAGAUUGACAAAUGACGGCUAUAAUCUUGUAAAAAAUUUAGGGUUUGUUCCGAUAUGCACUGCGAGCACUGCACAGUGCUAUCACUGUAGAAAAAUUCGUUCCGUUAUGGACUGCCAGUAUACUGACGCAGUACCCUAGGGAAAUAUAUGACGUCAUAAAUCGCCGCCAUCAUCUACUGUGAGCACGGGCGUUUUCGAGGUAAGGUACUCGCAGUACUUUGAUGACGUGAUCAGUCAAAACCACUCGAGUGCCUAAAGUCUUAAUUUGACAGUACUCCAACAACAGUUUUAUUAAAUGAACUAGAAAACUUUAAUACACUCAUUUGAAUGCUGCGUCAAAAAAUGCGGCUGACAGUAUACGAGAUUGCGUUCCGUUUUAAAUAGUAACCAGUAUAACUGGCUAUAAAGGAACGGCUUCACAGUAUACUAAAUUGUCGUCACACUGUACAGUGGUCGCAGUGCAUAUCGGAACAUACCCUUAAUUAUAUUUUAAUAUAUGUACUAUAACAUAUAUUUAUAUUAAAUUUCUCUUACACUGACAUCAUUUAGGCGUAUUAUACGAAUCGAAGACUUGUUUGUAACGCAUUUCGUUUAUUGUGCUGUAAUAUGAAUUAUACUUUCAGUUCAAGAUGCUUGAACUAAGUAUGAAAGGGUAAAGUUUGAUAAAAACUGAAGCUAGAUUACAGGCACGGAUUAGUAAAAAAAUAAGGACUCCGUGUCACCUUACAUAACAGUGUAGCACCAAAAGAAGCCGAUUAACGUGUAAAUACAUAGCCCCACGCACACACUUACACUACUACAGGCCGAUAGGCGGCCAUUAUGAGAAUUGUCAUCGUCUGUGACAGAUCAGUUUGCGUCGCAAUAAAAUAUUUUAAAAAUGCCGUCGUGCGUUGUGUAAAAGUGUAAAAACGAUACUAUAUAAGUUUUUGUGGCCAUGUAUUUUGGGGGAAAUUUUUUUGUAACUAGUAUCCCCCGUAAGCGCACAUACACUAGCAUAACGGUGCUUCACUUGCUAAUAUCACGGCGCGGAGUCCUUCUUUUUUUACAGGUCACAAGACUAUUGUUACAACCACUGAAGUUCUAUAGAUAUGGACAAAUCACGUGGUAUAAAAAUUUCGAAAUAUGGAACAUGCCACAAAUUAUUCCUUAAUCAGCUUUGACUUCUAUAUCUAUACAUUGCCGCUUAUACUCCAGUUCUUUAUAGUAUUCUUGGCAGAUAUAGGCAGGAAUGUAAAACAUUUAUUCAGUUCAGGCAUGUAUUAUUUAUAUAUUCUUUGGUUCAAGUGCACAGAAUUCCAGUAAAACGUUCCAAACCACAAUCAUGUCGAAAUUGAGUUAAGAACACAAAACUGGUAGCCAAGUAUCGAACAAAACAAGUAGCCCAACGCACAUGUAUGAAAUACACUAUUAUUUAUUUAACUUUAAACAUGAAUUCCUUAAAAUGUGAUGUUUGUGGCUUGGAACGUUUUUCAGCAACUACGUCCAAGUUUGAUUCGUAUAGUGACAGUUGGACACACGACUAAUGAGAAAAGUGUGCUUACAUUGUCUUUAAGCACACUUUUGUCGUUCCGCUAUCAGACAGCGAAUGAUAUCAUAAUAUAUGUGUAUAAAACGUCAUUGCUUACAGAGGAUAUGACAUAAUGGAACUUUUCUGUAGCACAAAACAAACGUAGUUCUGUUAACUAAGGCUGGCACAAUCCUCACACCAGGUUGUCCAAGUGGAUCCUUUAGAUGAAGCCAGCGAUGCGUCACUCGAACGGUUGGCUCAGUGGAAGAGCGCUCAUACGGAACGCUAUAAGUCGCGGGUUCGAGUACCGCAUCGUUCAAAAGUUUUGUUUUAAUAUUCGAUUUGCGUAAUAAAUCCCAGAUGUGAGGGUUAUUAUUUUGAAAAAUAAAUAACAAAUUGUUUAUAAUACAAAUGAUCAUAAAAAUCACGUUUCUAUUUCAUGAUAGUAGUAGAAACUGAACAACAAUAUUAUGUAUGUGUCACUCUUAGAAGCUUAACGCGUGCGAGAGAGACGGAUUGAGUUUGAGAAUGACUUAACUGUGUCAGAGUAUUGGCCUAAUUUAGUUAACUGACCUAUAUGUAUUAUUUACGGCCGUUCCCAAUAUACUAUCUACAGAUAGAGAUAAAUUACUACCUUCUACUGUCUGUAAUUAGCUGUCAAGCUGUCCCAAUAUACCCGAUAAGUCAUUCUUAUCGCCUUAUAUUGGGACGCGUGAAUUGCAAUUUCCAUACAAACUUCUAUCGCUGGUAAGCUAUACGUCGUACCAUUGGCAGACAUCGUGUACGGAUAAGUUACCGUCGAUAAGUUUAUUUGGACAUUAAAAUCAACCAUAGCUACGAUUUUUAUCGCAAGUAAGAGAUAGACUGAAUAUUGGGAACGGCCGUUAGGCACGUACUGUACUGAUGUUUUUAACUUUAAUUAAGUAAAUGAAUUAAUUAUUAUACAUGACAAAUUGGUAUGUAUGUUUAUAUGUUUUGAUGUAUUUGAAUUAUAAUAUACCUUAGUAUUUAGUA